AUGAGAUUCGUGUCUCGUAAAGAUUGGUCUUCACUUUUUAAUUUUAGCUCAAGCUUUCAACUCAACAUCUCCUGGCGUUCUGCGGCGAACUGGGUUGUUUGAUUACUGGAUAUGAAAUGUCAUCAUCGUGGCCUAGUACGUUUGACGAUUUUGGAUCUUCCUCCCACUCAGCAUCCAAGAAAAGGAAAAGACCAGUAAAUAAUGUUGCUAUCAAGUCAUCAAAUGAAGACAGCGCAACAUGGAUUGAUAAAUACACUCCUUCUACCUUUGAUGAUUUAGCCGUUCACAAAAAGAAAAUAGCAGAAGUUGAGGCAUGGAUUUCUCAUAGUAAAAUAAUGGAAAAGAAAGGUGCCCCCAUCCUUCUGUUAACUGGGCCAUCUGGAUGUGGUAAAACAGCAACAGUUUUGGUAGCUGCUGCAGCACAUUCAGUACAAAUACAAGAGUGGACGAAUCCUCUGUCUAUUUCAUUCACAGCAUCUAGAGAAGCAGGUCUUUAUCAUAUGAACAUGACCUCACAGUUUGAAGAUUUUUUAUUUCGAAGUGGUCGAUACCCAUCACUUGUUCUAUCUAAUGAUUAUGCUAAUAAUAAUACGCCUUCACAACAAAAUUAUGAAGAUAGAAAAAUGUUAUUACUUGAAGAUUUACCUCAUCAUAUAAUACGUGAACCAACAACUUUCCGGGACCUUCUUAGGCAAUACAGGCGACAUCAGAAACAUCCGCUGAUUAUUAUAUUAAGUGAUGGAAGUAUUCCUGAUUCUGUGAAAAGAAAUCUUCUUCCUACUGAUGUUCUUAAUCAGUUAAAAAUUCAAAGUAUUAGUUUUAAUCCUGUUUCAAUGACUUCAAUGAAUAAAGCAUUGACUAAAAUAUCAACAAAAGAAAACCAAAAGCUUUCAAAAGAAGUUUUAAAUUCAAUAGUUUCGUCAAGUUCUGGGGACAUAAGAGCAGCAAUUAAUUCACUUCAAUUUAUAUUACGAAAAGGUACACCAGUUUCAUUUCUUCAACCAGAAAGCAAAAAAAUGAAAGGUUCUCUCAAACGAAGGAAGUCUGUUGAUCUUGUAACUAACAAUGCAAUGCCUUCUAUUGGUGGAAAAGAUGUUUCAUUAGUAUUAUUUAGAGCCCUGGGGAAAAUCCUAUAUUGCAAAAGGAAAGAGCCAGAGAAAGAAGCUUCUAAACUACCAAAUCAUCUUCAGCAUUUAUACAGGGAUCCUUUACUAUUUGAACCUGAGGAUAUUCUUGAUCAUUGUUGUCUCUCGGGAUCUUCAUACAGUUUAUUUCUACAUCAUAAUUUUGUACCUUUCUUCAGUAAACUUGAUGAUUUAUCUGCUGCACUCGAUUCUUUUUGUAUUGCUGAUAUAACAAGUACGAGAAAAACAGGGACAGAUUUUUCUACUGAUUCCAACACGGCAUUAGAUAAUUACGAAGGUAGCCUGUCUUCCCGUUCAGUUGCAUUUUGGAAUUCAGACAGAGCAACAUUAAAACAAUGUGAAUCUUCAACUGGUCAAUGGAGACCACUCCAUAAACCAAGCUGGUAUCAGGUCAACAAGAAAUGUCAUGAAAACGAAUCCUCCAGUCAUCGUUUAUUUUGGAAUUUCAAUCUACCAAAUCGAGAACUGUUAUUAAACAUGCUUCCAUAUAUGCAAAAGAUCACUACGUUACAAAGAAAUAAAAAUUAUUCAACAACUAAAAAUUUUGAAAGUAUUUCACUCGAUCGCAGUCAAAUUGAAUAUUUAUCCAAAGUUAUAAGUUUGCCAAAGUGGAAAUCUUUUUCAAGUGUAAAUGAAAAAAUAAUUGAAAAUGAACUGGGUGAGAAUAUGUCAGAAAAUUUACAACAAUUAGAAGUUUCAUGUCCAGAUGCUGCUGAUGGAGAAAAUAUUGAAGAUGUUAACAAAGAUCCUGAUGAAGACUUUAAUAUAGAAGAAUUUAGCGACUAAAUAAAUGUUGAUAUUUUCCUAAAAACGCCAUAUUCUAAAAUCUAAAUGAUCCAGGAGUCUUACCUCAGUGUGCAAUAACCCUCAUUUAUAAAAGAUGUCUUCACUCUCGCCACAGCCAAUAGCCAUGCACUAUACAUAAAGCAUGGAAAAGAAAUGCGUUUUCAGUGCAAAGAAAAACAAUCGAUACCCAACUUUGAUGUCUCUGAAUUUAUAUAUAUUAGAUGUAUUAAUCAUUUUAACACCACAUGGAAGUUGUAGGCUACUAAUCUGAAAUUCUCGUUUCAUUUGCGAGGCCAGACAUCUAAUCAAAAUUUUUAUUUCCAACUUGCCUUGUGUUGUGAACUUUGAACCCAAGAUUAUUAAUAAUUAGUAUAUUCUAAUUCUUGUGAAAUCUUGGUUUACAAAUGUGUGCAUUGUUCCUGUGUAUUGCUCAGUGUCUUUAUUAUUUUCUUUACUGAUUGGUUUUCAAUAAAACAUAUUUAUACA